AUGCCCUUUAAACGAUCUCCAAUGCGCUAUGCGCAUAUUAUGGGCUACACAACCGUAAUUUACCAGGAGGAUGGAGAGUGCAUCAUUAGUGUAGGAUACGAUGGAGAUAUCCGGAUCUGGAAUGGAAUUGGUGAUGAUGAUCCACCUACUAUCUGCGUUGGGGAACAUGCUUGGGCAGUGCAACAGUACGGUGAACGAGUGCUUAUUGCCACGGAUCUGAACACAGUACAAGCUUACAAAUAUCCGUCCCUGGAUAAGGAUGGUAUUGAAUUUCGUUUUACUGCUCAUGUGACCUGUCUGGCCAAGAAUAAGCGGUUCAUUGUGGCCGGUUCCGAGGAUGCAACGAUCAAAGUGUUAUCGCUAGAUAAUGGAGAACAGUUUGAGCUGGAGAAUCUGGGUGGUCCAGUGUUGAGCAUUGAUGUGAGCAAACGCGAUCUGCUAGCGGCCAGUAUCGGUGAUGGCAAGAUUUAUAUCUGGGACAUGAAGACCAAGGAGCUGAAAAAGACCAUAGAAGGAUUGCCAAAGGAGAAGAGUUUUGAGGCCGUUAUGCAUUUUUCUUCUCCCUCAUUCGAACCUAAAACCGGUGCCCUACUUGCUUAUCCGAUUGAAAAGGAAGUCAUCAUAGUGAACACGACCAGCUGGGAGGUGGUUAAGAAAUACGUCCAUCCGAAACUUUCCUCCAAGCUGACUGUGUGUCGUUUUUCUCCCAUGGGGGACUAUAUAGCGGCUGGAAGCGCUAAGGGGACCAUUUGCAUUUGGGACUGUGAAACGGACAAUCCCAUAGACGGUGAAAAUCCAUUCGAAGCAAACCCAAUCACGAAGGUGGUUUGGAAUCCCAAGAAUAAUGGCGAGCUUGCUAUUUCGGACGGAAAUGGCCAGGUAGGCACGGUUUCGGACAUUUUUAUCGAGACCGGCGAAGACGACGCCGACGGUGAAGAUAUCGUACUGCUAGCUGAGAAGGAAGCUGAAAAUGAUGAUGGGGGGUUCGAUGAUAUUUUCGCCGCAUAUACCAAACCGGAUGAGAAGACAGAAUCAAACGCAAAUAAACCCUCUAAACCGGAUGAAAUAGACAGUGACAACGAAGACUCGGAUGACGCAUCGAAUGAAAACUGUAUCGAGCUGGAAAAGCUAAAAUCUCAGAUUAUGGGUCCAACCCAGAAAUCGGGCGGUCCUAUGUCCGAUGCGGGUUAUGACGACGAUGAUGAUCGUGGAACGAUGGUCAGCGAGCGAGUGGUGGUGCCAAAGUCCUACUAUCAGCAGCCCCCAUUUCAGCCCGGUUCCACACCGCACUCGCUGGAGCAUUGCUAUCUGGUGUACAAUCACGUCGGAAUCGUGCGACGACAUGCGACCGAUAAGGAGAACUCGAUUGAGGUGGAGUUUCACGAUUCCCAGCAACACCAUGGCAUUCAUUUGAACAACUUCCUCAACCACACGAUGGCAGGACUGAGCGAAACAGUACUAGCCAUGGCUUGCCCAAACGAAGAUGGAAACCCGAGCAAAAUCGUGUGCAUUAAUCAGUCCGCGUUUGGAAAGCGCGAGUGGACCUACACGAUGCCGCGAUGCGAGGAAGUCAUAGCUGUGACCGCAGCGGAUAAGAUCGUCGUCGUUGCCACGGACAGUCGAUUGCUGCGUGUGUUUACGAUGCGCGGAACCCAGCGGGAAGUGAUUUCGGUGGCGGGACCAAUAAUUGCACUUGCCGCAUACGGCGAUCACUUUCUAGUGGCGUAUCACAAUGCUCCGGCCAACGAGGAUCAGCAAAUCAGUUUGAUGGUUGUAACAUGCGUGAACUUUAAGUUGCGCUGUCGUGAAGUGCGCGUUCCUCUAUCACCUGGGUCAGAGUUGAAAUGGUUAGGCUAUUCGGACCGAGGAUCGCCCGUAGUCUACGAUAGUGCGGGCGUGCUCAAUAUGUACCAUGCAACGUACAACCUUUGGUUCCCGAUCUACAAUGCUGACAAUAUGGCAACGAAACAAGCUUCAGACAAUUUAUUCAUCAUCAAAGUUUCGGAAUCGACACAGGACGUGCAGCUGGUGUUGUGCCGUGGUGCAAAGUACCCACUAACCACCCCCAAACCUGUCCCGAUUAAUGUGAGCAUCAGUCUUCCAAUGUGUGAUCCAGAAAGCGAGAAGGAUCGUCUGGAGGAUGAUCUAGUGCGUUCGCUGUACCUCAAAGUUGACGAUACCGAUAAGCUGAUGAAAGAAACGGCCGUGAAACUAUUUGCGCUGGCCUGCAAAAAUGAGUCUGAACAGCGUGCGAAGGAGUUGGUGGAAACGAUUGCCUCGAGCCAGCUGAUUCCGCUGGUGAUUAAGUAUGCGACCAAGAUUCGUCGGUAUCAUUUGGCAGAUAGUUUAGCACCCUUGUUGCCCACCUUCCAGGAGCUGGAAAUGCAGGAGGAAAAAUUGGAACAGGAAAGCGUCCGAGAAAAUGCGGCCAUCGUAAACGAACUGCAGCACAUCAAUCUUGCGGCGAUCACCAAGAAAGAUAGCACACCGAAAAUAAAACCGCUUCCAGUUGGCACGAAAAAGCCGAACAAUCCGUUCCGAAAAUCGACGGCAGCCGGGAACGAGGGUGGUAUAUCGUCACCCGCAUCGAGCUCGAGCCAUAACGGUGCCAACAGCAGCAGUAAUCCGUUGGAGCAUUUGACCGGCAAAGCGAUUGGGUUUUCAGCCUCCCGCAACAGCAGCAGCGGCAGCAAGCUGACGGUUGCAGGUUCAAGCGAUGGCGGACAGGAUGAAAAUCGUCCACAGAACAGUGGCAGUACUACGCCCGUCGGUGGCAUGAAGUUUCUGCCCUGGUUCGAGCUUAACCGAGAUGAAUUGCGGAGACAGCAUCCGGAAGCGGCCGAGGCGGAACUCAUCAAAAUUGGUAUGCGUGAGUUCAAGACACAGCAGUCGAAAGGUCAACCGAGCACAUCAACCGCGGAAAGUGGAACGCCGAAACGGAAACUGGAACAGAACGAUCAACCAGAAACUGGUGUGUCGAAAUUGGCAAAGUUUGGGUUCGUAAAGAAUGGUUAG